AUGGUUCAAAUCAAGGCAGUUGCUCUGGCUAUGCUUUUCGUUGGCCAAGCGAUUUCCGGACCUGUCGAAUCUCGACAGGCAUCUGUGAGCAUUGAUGCUAAAUUCAAGACACAUGGGAAGAAAUAUUUUGGAACUAUUGGUGACCAGGGCACCUUCAACAAGAACGCAAAAACCCCGGCAAUCGUCAAAGCCGAUUUCGGCCAACUGACACCCGAAAACAGUAUGAAGUGGGAUGCUACUGAGCCCAGCCAAGGGCAGUUCUCCUUCACAGGGUCUGACUAUCUUGUCAACUUUGCUCAGUCAAAUGGGAAAUUGAUCCGUGGCCAUACUCUAGUGUGGCACUCCCAGCUCCCUUCCUGGGUUUCUUCCAUUUCAGACAAGACGACUCUGAUCAAUGUCAUGAAGAAUCACAUUACCACACUCAUGAACCGUUACAAGGGGAAAAUCUAUGCCUGGGAUGUUUUGAACGAAAUAUUCAACGAAGACGGUUCCCUACGCAGCAGUGUAUUCUAUAAUGUUAUCGGCGAGGACUUCGUACGAAUUGCCUUUGAAACAGCUCGCGCUGUCGAUCCAAAUGCAAAGCUCUACAUCAAUGACUACAAUCUGGAUUCUGCCUCCUAUGCCAAAGUGCAGGGCAUGGUCAACCAUGUCAAGAAGUGGAUUGCUGCCGGAAUUCCAAUUGAUGGAAUCGCAAAUGCGGGAACGAAGGAAGUUGCCAUCACCGAGCUUGAUAUCGCUGGUGCUAGCUCUACCGACUAUGUCAAUGUUGUCAACGCUUGUUUGAACCAGGCGAAGUGUGUCGGAAUCACAGUUUGGGGAGUGGCUGACCCUGAUUCGUGGCGGUCCAGCUCCAGCCCUCUUCUUUUUGACAACAACUACAACCCAAAGGCUGCAUAUACCGCUAUCGCAAAUGCCCUUUAG